CGCGAUACUACACGCUCUAUGAGCAGUCGCGCGCACGUCGGAAGCGCUGAGUUGGAGGAUCAUGGCGGAGCGCAGGAGGCAUAAAAAACGGAUCCAGGAGGUGAGCGAGCCCACCAAGGAGGAGAAGGCAGUGGCCAAGUACCUCCGUUUCAACUGCCCCACCAAGUCCACUAACAUGAUGGGCCAUCGGGUCGACUAUUUCAUUGCCUCCAAGGCAGUGGACUGUCUACUUGACUCCAAGUGGGCCAAGGCCAAGAAGGGAGAGGAGGCACUGUUCACCACCAGGGAGUCUGUGCUGGAUUACUGCAACAGACUCUUAAAGAAGCAGUUCUUUCAUCGGGCUCUCAAAGUGAUGAAGAAGAAGCCGGAGAAGGAGACCAAGAAAGAGAAAGAAAAAGAAAAGGAGAAAGCCAAGGGUGACAGCAGCAAGGAGGAGGAGAAAAAAGGGAAGAAGGAGAAAGAGAAGAAGAAAGAGUCUGAGGCUGGUGAAUCCAAGAAAGAGAAGAGUGAUGACAGUCCUGGAACCCCGAAGAAGAAGAAGGAGGUGAAGAAGAAGUUCAAACUGGAGCCCCACGAAGACCAGCUGUUCCUGGAUGGAAACGAGGUGUAUGUGUGGAUUUACGAUCCAGUCCAUUUUAAAACUUUUGCCAUGGGACUGAUACUGGUCAUUGCAGUAAUAGCGGCCACUCUGUUCCCGCUGUGGCCAGCUGAGAUGCGUGUAGGAGUGUACUACCUAAGUGUGGCAGCAGGCUGCUUCGUGGCCAGUAUAUUACUGCUAGCUGUUGCCCGCUGCAUCCUCUUCUUGAUCAUCUGGGUGGUGACGGGCGGGCGCCACCACUUCUGGUUCUUACCCAACCUCACAGCAGACGUGGGCUUCAUCGACUCAUUCAGGCCGCUCUACACCCACGAGUACAAGGGCCCAAGGGCCAACUCCAAGAAGGGCUCGGACAAGUCAGACGACAAGGCGGGGGACAGUGCCGCCUCCACCAAGGCCCAGAAGUCAGACAGCGAUGAGAAGUCAGACAGUGAGAAGAAGGACGGGGAUGAGGAUGAGGACGAGGAGGAGGAAGAGAGCAAAGAGGCGGGGCCUGAGGAGAGCAAAGAAGCUGAGGAGGAGGAGGAGGAGGAGAUAGAGGGGACGGCGGCAGAGCGGCAAUCGGACACAGACAGCGACCGCAGAGAGGACGAAGGCUCGCAGCACAGCAACGGAAACGACUUUGAGAUGAUCACCAGAGAGGAGCUGGAGCAGCACACGGAGGAGGAAGAGGAGGAUGAGGAGGAGGAGGAGGAGACACAGGAGAGGAAAGAAGGGGGAGCGAGCGAGACUAAGCCCCAGACUGCUGAAACAUAAACUCUUUCAAGCCGAUCUCUCUCUCGUUCUCCUCCCCGCCCUUCCGCCUGUGCUCCCAGGACCUGCUCCUCCAGUCCCUCUGACCACGCCGAGGCUGUGGAGAGGCUCCCAUCUCUUGUCUGUUGAGAUCUUCCACUAAACCGUACCGAUAGACCAGUACCGGGAUAGACACAACGGUGAAAAGAAAACGGCUAUGACAAUGGAGAGAAAAAUGUAAAAGAAGCCUUAUGGUGGAUGUGAUUCCUCCCCUGCCCUGUUAUUUAUGUGAUUAAGUAAAAAUGAAAUCUGCCACCAGACAUGUUCGCCUGAGGAAGUUGUCACCAAAACCCCCAUCACACCAACACCCAUGGAGGUUUUUUUUUUUGUUGUUGUUGUUGUUAUUUUUCUUUGGCUUAGCUCUGUUAUUGUCAUGAAGUUGCUCUCCCCUGUUAAUUCAAAAUGACUUGUUAUUUAUGUCCCAUCUUUGGUUUCCUUUGGAUGUUUUUUUUUUUUUUUUUUUUGUAUCUAAGGUCAAAUCCCUGUUUUAAAUACAGAUAAUUGAAUUGCUGUCUUCCUAAAUUUGCUAAUAACGAGGACAUAGUGGCAUCUCGUUUAGCUGUUGCCCCCCCCAGCCUGUGGUUUCGUCGUCCUCCAUGAGUUGGUGCAGUUAUGAUGUUAAAUUGUGCCCGGUGAGCCAGCUAUGCCAGGAGCACGCAUCACAUCCUGUUGAAUGCCAGUCAGGCUGAUAGCUUUCUCAGGCAGCACUUACACUUUUAGUGAACUGACCAACAUUUCCGCUUUGCCACUGAAAACUGAACUUAGUCAAACGGACCAAAUCCCCCUAGUUCACCCGAAGGAUCCUAAAAUCCACGAUAGCGCGGCUGGAUAGAGCUUUUGAGGAGCAGUCGUAUGAGAAUCAUAUGGCUCUUUGAGGUACUUAAUAUUUUCAGAAAUGAGAAAUGAUGGUUUUUGUAUGGCUGAUUAUGGUCAUAGUGCAAUUCUCUACACACUUUGAAGUACUUCUAGUUCAUGUUUGUUCACAGUGGGACUCAAAACUGAGCAGCUGAUACAUUUGGCUUAAUUUCUUUACAGUUAAAAAACAACAACAAAAAAAGCAGCAUCGCUGUUACAGCUGAAAGAUGAAAAGUUCACCUGUUAACUUUCUGUCUACAGAGAGAACCAGAUAUAAAAGAAAACUCUAGUGCCAAACACAACAUACAAUGUUAUGCAUGCUGAGUUCAUAUGGAGAGGCAAGUGUGAGCAACACAUUUUGGUACAUUUUGUUCAUUCAUUUUGUAACAGUAGUGUCAAAUUCCAAACCUUUCACACGUUUGAAAAGAAAAUAAAAAAAGCACAGCACAAGGUUGUUAGUGUCUAGCUAAACAAAGAUCUUUGGUCUCAAUGAAACCAUUUAAGGGUGUACGCACUAGACUCCGAUUCACACGCCAUCCCGAGCAAACCAUGCCCCGUCUAGUUUAGCACAAGCUGUCAUGUGUGAAAAUGGUGGGCUUGCUUAUUGAAUCCAUUGACCAUAACCUUGCUUUGUUGCUUUGCCUUUGCUGGAAUUCCAGUCAGGCCCACUGACUAGAGCUGAGUUCCCAGUCUGACACCUUCUGACCCCGCACGGCUGCGGCCCCGGCACCGGGCCCGGCCCCGUCCUGCCCUGGAGGUGGAUUAGCACACCCACAGGGGCCGCAGCCCACCGCUGUCCUUCCCUUCAUUUACAUUAUCUUUUGGCUAGAAUUGUUUUAGAUGCUCUUUUUACUCAUAGUGAGGAUAAUAUUUAAGUAUAAAAAAAUAGAAAUGUAUCAUUUUAUAUAUGAAUUCUAUUGAUAUAUCAAAUAUAUACAUACUUACAGUCCAAGAAAUUAUGUAACAGCUUGUUCAACUUGAACAGUGUCCUUUUUUGGUCAAAAUAGGAAUACUUUUUUUUUUUUUUUAAUGCUUUUUUUUUUUUUUUUUUUCGUUUUUAUUUGAUCAUCAGUUGGCAAACUCAUUCAAGAGUACACUCUUUUUGAGCAUGACAUCUGGGAUUAGAAAACAGUUGGAAUAUAUUGGAUGGUUUUGUCAUUCUUUAUUGUAUUUUUACAUGUUACACCAUGAUAUUGAAUGUGUGAAACAUAUAACUGUAACUAGAUAGAUUAUGUGUAAAGCAUUGCCACAUGUUUCUCUCUCUCUAAGAAUGAUUAAUCAUUAACUUGAGGUUGGGAAAUGAAUGGCUUGCAUAACAGUGACAACAAUUUUCAGUAUCCCACUAAAUCUGUGGCAAGCUCUCCUUACAGGACGGUGUGACACCAAACAAAAAUCAGCUUAAAGUUUGUUUGGUAUAUUCCACACAGCUGAACUGUACAAAACUGUCCAUUAAUUUUGUCUAAAACUGAGUCACUGAAUUGCCCACCUUGUAUUUUCCUCUGGAAAGAGCAUGCUUGGUAAUUUUCUCAACCUUUAGCCUUGUUUAUCAGUUUGUUUCACAAUCUCCUGUAAUCCCAUCGAAGUUUGUAGCUAUUUGACUUUUCCAAUUCACGCACCAUAUUGUUGCUCUUGUUUUUUAGUAUCCUUUUUUUCCCCAACAGGCACAGUGCAUCUCUGUGUCCUGUUGUGUUCUGUUCUGGAGAGAGGUGCCAGUUGCUGUACUCUGAAUUUUGGCAAAACUAUUUCAAGAAGAAAAAAAAAUCUUCAAUUGUUCUUGAGUGUUGCACAGUAUCAGUCUGUUGUAUAUUGUAGUAUUACUCUCUAUGCUGCUGCUUCUCAUCGCACAUUUCUGGGGGAAAAAAGUGAAAAAUGUAAACAUCCUUCAUGUUUUAUCUCUGGUCAAAAGUGUCUUUUGAUCACCUAGUUGUCCACGUUUGGAUCAAUAUCAUUCUGAAGACUGUCUCAUGCAAUAUUGGAGUAUAAUUUAAUAAAUUGGAUGUCUGGAAAUAUAUCUGUAUCUUAUCAUUGCAAUAAAAAUAUAGAAAGGAU